CAUCCUAAGCUACCAUCGAAAUAGAGCCGUGCUUGACCAUUUCUCCCAGAAAACAACAAAUACUGAAACUCUCCACCAUCAGACUCCAGACACAGAAACAAUCACACGCACACACAGAAAACCAAAUGGCAAAGCUCUCCUUCUCUAUUAUGUCUCUCAUGGCAACGAAUCUCACCCUCUUCUUCUUCUUCUUCCUCCUCCUAUCACCACUCGGCACGUCAUCCCCUACCCCCAAAACCAUCACCAACCCCAUAGAAGAUGAUAAAAAGUCGGCAUACGACGCCCUCGCGGAUUUCAACUUCCCACAGGGUCUACUUCCAAAGGGUGCGUUGGGAUACGAACUGGACCAAAGCACAGGUGGAUUCAAGGCCUUUCUCAACGGUUCCUGCAGUUUCUCUCUUGAAGGUUCCUACGAUUUGAAAUACCAGUCAACCAUCUCAGGCUACAUAUCGCAGAACAAGCUCACCAGCCUCACUGGGGUCAGCGUUAAGAUCUUGUUCUUGUGGCUCAACAUCGUCGAGGUGGGCAGGGAUGGCGAUGACAUUUACUUCUCUGUUGGGAUUGCUUCCGCUUCUUUUCCUAUCGAUAAUUUCUACGAGUGUCCUCAGUGUGGCUGUGGAUUGAACUGCGGGAGUCAGCAAGUAAGGAAAUUUAGAUUCAACCCUUUUGUUUCUUCUAGUUGAAGAUCAAUUAUUUUGAAAUUGUAAAGUAAAAGAAAAAAAUCUGGGUUUUGUUUUAAAUGAGAUUAUUGGAACUGGGUUUCAGUUAUUUCAUCAAUAUGAUGGGAUUUGAUACUUGUUUAAGUUGGUUAAAGAUCGAAUUUUUAUUU